AUGAACGAGGAGGCCAUGCUCUCGGUUUUCAAAAUCGACGCAAACCAGGAGGAAAAUCUCUUUGAGUGGAACGGUUUAAUUCUCCCGACCAGUCCACCCUACAGCCAGGGCGCUUUCAAGCUGCACAUUGAAUUUUGCCCUGAAUUCCCCUUCAAACCUCCGAAGCUCCUCUUUAAGACCCCUAUUUAUCACCCAAAUAUUGACGAAAAGGGCCAGAUAUGCCUCCCACUCAUCGCGCCAGAGAACUGGAAACCUGCCACGACAGUUCCCAACAGUUAG